CGGACGUGUCCUACUGACAACAAACACAAAUACAAGGGUGCGAGACCUGGGAUAAAGAACAAAACACUGACAUUUACGCAGCUAAAACUACUACUUGUGUCGUCGGGCGAAUUUCACAAAGGACAUUGACUGUAAGCAGAACGAGUACGUGCUACCCAAGUUGGGACUGAUGUGGAAACCUCUGGGCGUUAUCAUCCAGGCUGCCAUGAUUAUGCCAUAAAAGAGUAGUAUUUACUGUAACAUUUGUGAUUUCAACGUAGUAAGAUCAUGGGCUCCAGGCUCAGCCGACAAAACAGUCUCGACAACGAUAAUUUUUCAAGGAGGCGACGGAAACAUCUCGACAGUACGGGAGAGAGCGAUCGGAGCGGAGACUUCUUGUUUACAUCCUUGAUGCUCAGGUCGGAUAAACUGCCGGGGAUGCUGAGGAGAGCCAACCACAGCCCGUAUGUCAGACGAGUCGCCUGGAUCCGAGAGAUUCAGAAGCUCCUUCGGGAGAGGAAGAGAGAAGAUGCGACGGACGUGCUCAAACUGUUGAGGAAGGACCUGGGAUUAGAGGGUACGUCACUCAAUGAUAUCCUCUAUAAGAACGCAUCCUUUCUAAACCUGGUGGACCCCAUAUCUCAUGAGCUCCUGCUGAGCCUGGCUAGAGACAUGCAGUGCCCAAAGAAGGACUCAGAUACGCAGAAGUCGUCUGAUAAAAUCUGCAGACAGCUCAUCUACCACCUGACCCCUCACUCCAAGUGGCUUAGAAAAAGUAUGACCCGGAGAAAGGCCCAGGCCUGUCUUAAAACAACACUUCAGAAGAAGCUCUGCAGUGACUCUGUGGACCUGUCUGGCAUCCCUUUAUCAACUCGUGACAUACGGCAUGUGGCGUAUUACCUCCAGACCAGUGGGGGCGCUGUGAUAUCCGUAGAUCUUAGUUUCACUGAGCUCCGGGACGAGGGCCUACAUCUACUUCUGCCCUUCCUGGGUGCAUUGCCCAAACUCACAACACUGGCUCUCAAUGGGAACCGUCUGACUCUUGGCAUCCUUAAAGAUCUGACUGAAGCCCUCAAAGAUUCCAAGAAGUUCAGUUGUCUUGCCUGGGCUGACCUGGGCAACAACGUGGACAUAUUUACCAUGCCACAGCCUCUUCUGGUGGCCCUACGGCGACGCUGUAGUCUAAAGGGCAGUUUGCCCACCAUCUAUGAGUACACAGAAGGUCAGCCCUAUUGCUACCGUGUGGAGAGCUCCAUUGAAGAACCCAGCCACUAUGAAGAAGAGGAGGAUGAAGAUGAGGAAGAGGACCUGGAGCCAUGGAGCAUCGGGGAACAGAAAAGUUCAGGUAGUUUUACCCUGCACCAUUGCGAGAGGUGAACCAAUCACAAUCAUUGUCCCCUGACAAUGGGAUAAAGAAAGAAUGGGAGAGCGCAGGCAAGAGAUCUCUCUUCUCUCAGUACCAUUUCUCCCAAUCAACUUUUACCAUCUCCCUCCUCCACUGCAGCUCCAUGACCUUCCCAUUGCGGUUAUGUGUGAACCAACAGCAGCGCAUGUAAAGAGCCAACUAACCACCUGAACACAGCAAACGGUGAAACACGCUGGUUUGAAAUGCUCUUAAAGCUUCCCCAUUGACUUACUGUGUUGGCAGAUGAUGAUCCUUGACUCGAGGUGGGGGUUCAUUGGAGGGGGCCACAGAGAGUCGCGUAAAAGAUGCUUUCUUACGCCACUCUUUGGUCACGAAGAACCAGUGACGGACAAGAAAAUGACCAAUAAAAAAUCCCAGAGUUUGACCGAGUCAGUCGACAGGCUGAUGCAUACCAACGGUGAAUUUGAAGCUCUACGGACCCGGCUUUUAACUAAGGUAUGGUUAGGAAUUUUGUGGGGUCUGGUCAGGUUUGGUCGUAUUUGUCAGUGUUGCAUUGCUGAGGCCGUCUCUGCCGCAGCAGACCGGACCUAUCACCACUCUGUGUGUGCUCUACUAAUCUCCCAACAAAAGCCAUGAAACCAGCUCAACAGACUAUACAGCCGAACCACGUCACGUGACGCAAGCAAAACUGCUAUGUCAAGACUUUUGCAUUUUCCCCACCUUUCCAAAAUGUUCACUUGUGAAUACCCACGCACCACUUGUCGUGUAGUUGUGAGU